AAAAUGGAAAAAUGAGAAGCAGAAUCUCAGUCAAAGUAGUCAAACUUUAACCUCCAAGAAACACAAUCCAACAUAUCGUAUAUGAACAACUCCAAGAUUGUUCAUAUUCCUUUCUACCAUAACGAACACCAAGUUAUAGUCCUUGAAGGAAUAACAAACAAGACACAAAAAGUUGUCAGGUUAAUUCCAAGGAAACUUUAUUACCUUAUUUUAUCUUUCUCUCUCUCUCUCUCUCUCUGUCACAAACAAAACAGCAGAUUCCCAAUCAUCCCUUCCACUGUUUGGGAAACAACCAUAAUUGCACCCAACAGGACCCUUUCACCAUAGAAACCUGAGCUCCUAAGCUACGUACCCACACUCGUUUGAAAGGCUUAAUCUUGCAAUUAUAUAUAUCCAUCAAUCUCCAUCAACUUUCCCUCACCUAUUGCAUGAUGGGCACUAACUCUUCUGUCACUGGCUUCUACAACUUGCUCACACAAGGACUCAAUGAACUCCACCAAUCCUUCCUUUCUCCCACUUUCAUGUCCUUUCAAUUCCUUUCACAGGUCAUCUCUUCUCUCCAGUCCUUCCAUUCUCAGCUCACCAUUUUGGUCCGGAAGCUUCGCUUGCCUGUUGGAGGCAAAUGGUUGGAUGAAUACAUGGACGAAAGCUCGAGGCUUUGGGAUUCUUGUCAUGUUCUCAAAUCAGCCGUUUCUGGAAUGGAGAGUUAUUACUCGGCUGCCUCUAACAUAGCUUCUUCUUUGGAUGGUUACCAUCAUUUCACUCCCGAAAUUGCACGCCAGGUUGUUCGGGCAAUAAAUGUUUGUCAAAGGGAGAUUCUAGGAUUGGAAGAGGAAAACAAGAGCUUGAUGGAAACAAGGAUUGAACCGUUGUCUCAAUGUUUGAUUCAGAACAUCUCAAUGGAAUCGAAGUUGAAUGGAUUCAGUGGAUUCCGAGGGGUUCUGUAUGCAAUGAGGAGUGUUAGCUCACUGCUUCUGAUGAUUCUGCUUUGCGGGCUUGCGUACUGUUGGUCCUCCUCUUGCUUUCACCAAGGGUACGAGGAAGACAUGGUUUUUGGAUCUGGGUUUAUGGUUUCAAUGGCCAUAUUGCAGCAGAAAGUGGCAGAGGAGAUAGACCAGACAGAAGGGCAGCCAGGGAUUCUGCUGUUUGAGUUCCAACAAGCAAAGAGCGCCAUGGAAGAACUGAAAGUUGAAUUGGAGGGAAUAGCAGGUUACGAAGAACAUUCUGAGAUCCAACAAAAAGUCGACAACGUCAAGAGUUGCUUUGGUUUGUUGAGAUGUGGGGUCGACACUAUAACGGGGCAGCUUGAUGAUUUCUUUGAUGAAAUAGUAGAAGGAAGGAAGAAGCUUUUGGACAUGUGCAGCAAUAGGUAGAAAGAAAGA